CGCGGAUGUCAAACGCUUCGAUUAACCAAAAAAAUUAGAAUUCUUUUCACGUCCGCUUUUCCAGAUUCAUACUUUGCUCGUCUACCUUUCGGUAUUGCCGAACCGCUGAAUCGAUUCGCAGUCCGUUUAUACCUUCAAUCGCUCAAUCCUCUCUCUCAUAUCACGCAUGUAGCAUCGAUUCAAUGUUUGUUGGAUUUUCUCGAAUGUCGAGAAGGAAUCAUAAGUGUUCUGUUGUAAUUCUUGAGUUGCUCGCAAAUUCUUCAUAGUUGUGUCCCAAGUUGUAUAUGGAAUACGAGCCGUACGAUAGCAGUGGUGAGUCAAAGAUUGGGGAUUCAGUUUAUUACUGAUCAAUGGGAUUUUCGAAUUAGCAUUCGCUUGAUAAGAUUGUGUUUAGUUCGAUGAACUGGUUAGGUCUUCAGUUCGCGAGUUUUUUUGUGGAAAACGGUGUGAAAGCUUUAUUCAUACUCCAUUGUUACUUUUGCCCGUUUCUCCUUCAUUGAGGUACAGAUGACGAUCUUCCUCCAUCGCAUCAAAAUAGGAUUCCUAGAGGUGGCCACAUUGCCAUUAAUGGUAUAUCAGCUGUCGGAGGCUCUGUCCCUUAUCCAAGUCUGAAUAGAGAAACUGAUAUGAAGAGUCUAAUUCACCAGCUGGAGCAAGAGGCAUACAGUUCUGUUCUAAGAGCCUUUAAAGCUCAAGCAGAUGCAAUUACUUGGGAUAAGGAAAGUUUGAUAACUGAACUUAGAAAAGAGUUGAGAUUGUCAAAUGAAGAGCACAGGGAGCUUCUUGGCAGGGUAAAUUCUGAUGAUGUCAUCCGAAGAAUAAGAACAUUCUCACAAAGUUCCAUCAAAAAAUUCCACCGGGAAGCACCUCAUAUGGAGGCGGCCAGACGGCGGUUCCAGGAGUGGAGACAAUCUGGUGGCAAUCAACAAGGAAUACUUAGUACAGGCCCUCAACCAGGCAUUCAUGAUCUAGUCCCCAGUCCUGUGUCCGCUUCUCGGAAGAAACAGAAUGUUGUAUCAUCUCUACCAUCUCAAUCCUUUGGUGGACCAUCACCUGGUUUUUACCCAGCAGCAGUAACUACAUUUAAUCAACCAUCUUCGACGGUUGCUAAAAGAGGGCCUAUGGGGCCCAAAGGGAAAAAACAGAAACCUGGUCUAGUAAUGCCAGGUGCAACUAAGACACAAUAUCCUCCCUCUGGUCCUUCUGGAAGAGGACAAUUUGUUAAUAGAAUUUCUAAACCAACUGAAGGAGCUUCAUUUGAUCCAUUAAUUGGUAGGAAAGUGAGGACCAGAUGGCCUGAUGACAAUAAUUUUUAUGAGGCUGUCAUUACUGAUUAUAAUCCAGUUCAGGGACUUCAUGCUCUUGUUUAUGACAUUGGCACUGCAAAUGAGACUUGGGAAUGGGUGAACCUCUCAGAGAUUUCUCCUCAGGAUAUUCAAUGGGACAAUGAUGCAGGAGACCAAGGAGUAAAUAGAGCUAUUGGUCGUGUUAGUGCCCCAACAGGUGUUGGCAGAGGAAGAGGGCUGACUAAAGCUCAGCCCGCAAAGGAUUUUCCACCACCACAGAACGGUGUAGCUAAGAAAGUAUCAGACUAUAUUCAGUUACUUCACACUGAUACAUUAAUUAAAGAGGUUGAGAGGAUAUUUGGUGCCUACCAUCCUGAUCCCGUAGAAAUUGAGAAGGUCAAAAAAGUGCUGAAGGAGCAUGAGCAAUCACUUAUAGAUGCUAUUUCAAGACUUGGUGAUAUUUCUGAUGUUGAAAGUGAUGAAUGCAGCCAUUUCAUGCACGGACAUCCGAUGGAGGCAUAGUGACAUGUUAAUAGGCUAAUAAUAGGUGGUAGAAGCAGCUUGCAUUAUGAGACUCAUACUAGUAGUCAAAUGAUCUUCAUAGUUUGUUUGACCUUCCAGAACGUAGGUUGUAACAAUCGGCUAUGGUUGUGUUUAUUCAUUUUAAUUUGUAAAAAGAAAAAUUAUUAUCAUAGUUUUAGCUUGUUACCAUGCAUGUACAGUCUUUGUUG